AUGAAGAUGAGGUCUAUCUUUGUCAUCGCCAUUCUUGCCGCCACCACUGCAGCAGUGCUCUUCCAUGGGUCUGUAGUUGAUGUGCAGCAGAGCCACCAUACAGAGAGGAUCUCAGGUACUGGCGGUGACGUUUUAGAAGAAGACCCUGUGGGCAAGCUAAAGGUCUACGUGUACGACCUCCCGGCGAAAUACAACACGAAGCCGGUGGAGAAGGACCCGCGUUGCCUGACGCACAUGUUCGCGACGGAGAUCUUCGUGCACCGGUCCCUCCUCUCCAGCGCCGUCCGGACCCUGGACCCCGAGGAAGCGGACUGGUUCUACGCGCCCGUGUACACGACCUGCGACCUGACCGCCUCGGGCCACCCGAUGCCCUUCGACUCCCCGCGGAUGAUGCGCAGCGCGAUCCGGCUGAUCGCCGAGCGCUGGCCGUAUUGGAACAGGUCCGAGGGCGUUGACCACUUCUUCGUCACGCCGCACGACUUCGGGGCCUGCUUCCAUUUCCAGGAGGAGAAGGCCAUGGCGCGCGGGAUCCUGCCCGUGCUCCGGCGCGCCACGCUGGUGCAGACGUUCGGGCAGCGGAACCACGUGUGCCUGAAGGACGGCUCCAUCACCAUCCCGCCGUACGCGCCGCCGUGGAAGAUGGAGGCGCAGCUUCUGCCCCCGGCCACCCCGCGGUCCAUCUUCGUCUACUUCCGCGGCCUCUUCUACGACGCCGGCAACGAUCCCGAGGGCGGCUACUACGCUAGGGGCGCCUGA